UCAUUUAAUAAAGACCGCUGUUAACCUUAAAACUGAACGAUUCCUGUGCUGUCAUGAAAUCACCAUAAUAAAAAUAAAAGUAACUAGUUAUAGUUUGGCGGAACAGGCUAUUUGCUAUGUACCAGAAAAUCCUAUUAAAAUUUUUAUUCAUUUUAUGAUAACAACAGAAGUGUAUACCCUAUAGCGACUGCCAGGUGUAUAUCACGCUUUCUUCGGGUGAUUGUGUUGUGAUAAUUUAUAAACAAUGGCUGAAAAACUAAAGAGCAUCCCAGAGCAAAAGCUAAAGGCUUUCUCAAUUGGCACUAUGGGGAAAAGAGGCCUAUCCAAACGAGAACUCGAAGAACAGCGAAAACGAGAGGAAGAAAGAGCUGCAGCUCAUGUAUUUCAAGAAUUUGUGGAAACAUUUCAAGAAGCCCCGUUAAAUGGUAGUAGUAAAGUGUGGGUAAAAGCUGGUACUUAUGACGCUGGUGCUAGAAAGGAAGAUACCAAGGAUAAAGGCAAACUGUAUAAACCGACCUCAAAAAUUCAACCCAAAGAAGAAGCAAUGACGUCUGCUGAAAGAGCACAAGCCUGUGCAAAGUUACUCAGUUCCGAUAGAAAACCUGAUAGAUUAGGGAAAAUGAGGAAAGGAGGGAAAAGCAAUUUAGAAGCCUUCAUGGAAGAAUUGAAGCAGAUCCAAGAAGAAAGGGAAGAAAGGCAUAAAUAUAAGGCACAUAUUAAGACUCCAAUUGAAAAUGAACUGGAUAUGUUUAUGCGUGGAGAUAUAGGAUCAUUUGAUAACGGCGAUCCAAAUACCACGAAUAUUUAUUUAGGAAAUUUGAAUCCAAAACUGACUGAACCUCAACUGAUGGAAAUAUUUGGGAGAUAUGGACCUUUGGCUAGUAUCAAAAUUAUGUGGCCUAGAUCGGAUGAAGAAAAGGCUCGAGGAAGAAACUGUGGUUUUGUAGCCUAUAUGGCUCGCAAAGAUGGCGAAAGGGCUUUGAGAAAUUUGAAUGGAAAAGAUGUUUUUGGAUACGAAAUGAAACUUGGUUGGGGAAAAGCUGUUAUUAUACCUCCGCAUCCCAUUUAUAUUCCGCCAGUCCUGAUGGAAGUUAGCCAACCGCCUCCCCCAUCAGGUCUACCAUUUAACGCACAACCAUCGUCAGAAGAUCGCGACAUAUUACCUAAAUCAGAUGAAGAACUCGAAGCAAUAUUAAGAAGAGCUAUUGUCAAAGUUGUUAUACCUAAUGAUAAAAACCUGAUAAUGCUCAUUCAUAGAAUGGUAGAGUUUGUAGUCAGAGAGGGGCCGAUGUUCGAAGCGAUGAUUAUGAAUAGAGAGCUACACAAUCCCCAAUUUAGAUUUCUAUUUGAAAAUCAAAGUCCUGCUCACAUUUACUACAGAUGGAAAGUAUUUUCGGUAUUGCAUGGAGACGCUCAGAAGGACUGGAAAACGAAAGAAUUUCGCAUGUUUCAGGGUGGAUCAAUUUGGAGACCCCCAGUAAUGCACUCUUAUACAGCGGGAAUGCCAGAUGAUUUAGUACUAGAUGAUGACAUUCUGAAGGACUCUUCUAAAGGAGCGUUGUCAAAGGGCCAAAGAGAUAGGCUGGAGGAUUUGCUGCGUAACUUAACUCCCGAGAAAAAAAGGAUCGGAGAAUUAAUGGUCUACUGCAUAGAUCAUUCAGAAGCUGCUGAAGAAAUUGGAGAAUGCAUAACCGAGUCACUUUCGAAUGACAGCACUUUAAUCACCAAGAGAAUAUCUCGACUUUACCUCGUGUCGGAUAUUUUGAACAAUUGUGGAGUUAAAGUGAACAAAGCGUCAAAUUAUCGAAAGGUGUUCCAAAAUAAACUUAUCGAAAUAAUCAAGGCAAUCAAGUUGGCUUUUGAUUGUCUGGAAAGUAGAAUUCAAGCAGAAGGCUUUAAAGUACGAGUGCUGAGAGUACUGAAAUCUUGGGAGGACACUGGAAUUUAUACAUCAGACUUUAUGACCAAGCUGCAUAAUAUAUUUUUGGGACUAGAGGAGAUCGAGCAUAUUCCCGAAAAGGAAGAGGAUAUUGAUGGAAAUCCUCUUGAUAAAACCUCGGAUGACGAGGAUCCCGUAGAUGGUGCUGCUCUUUUGAAAAGUGCAAUGAGUCACUACAAUAGUUCACCGGAAGACGAAGAAGAUAUAGACGGGGAAGAAAUAAAGGAUGAUUCGUUAAUUGAUACAAAGUCCCUGGCGACUGCUGGCUUCAUUAAGUCAAAGUGGGAAACUGUGGAUCCAGAUCAAAUUGAGGCACAAGCUAUGACAACCAGUAAAUGGGAUUUGUUGGAAGCCAGUCAAGAUAAUAGUCAAAAUAGUAGUUCAAAUGCUAACGACCAAGAUUCAUCUGUCGAUUAUUCUGAUACUAGAAAUAUGUCUGAAGAAAAACGACUGAAGCUUAGGGAAAUUGAAGUGAAAGCAGUUCAAUAUCAAGACGAAUUAGAAUCCGGACAACGGACAUUGAAAAGUGGGUGGACAGUGACACAACAAGUGGAACAUUAUCGUCGAAAGUUGCUGCGGAAGUCUGAAAAGGAAUCUAAGAAAGACGGAAAAGGGGACAAAACACCGAAAUCAGAAAAACAUAAAAAGGACUAUGAGAAAAGUGAACGAAUAGGAGAGGACAUAUCUGAUGACGAAUUCUACAAGGAACAUACCUCUAGAAAAAGUAAAAAACAUGCUCGCAGCUCAUCAAGUGGUUCUACAUCGAGACACAGGUCAAAAAGCCGGACUCCUUCGAAGAAACGAACUUCAAGGCUGGGAAAUUCCCCUAGUCCCUCUCGUUCCCGUCGUCAAUCACCUCCAUCUUCUCGUUCCUCUCGUAGACGUCGAGAUUCCAACUCUCCUAUAAGUUCCACAAGCAAAUAUUCCCCUCCACAUAGUACAAGUCGACAUAGGUAUUCUCCAUCUCCCGUCCGAAUCGCCAAACAUGGCAGAGGCAAGUCACCGUCCCCGAAGAGAAGAAGUAGAAGCACAUCUAGGACGAGAUACUAUUCGCCGGACUCUACUAGUAGUAAUGCAAGAAAACACAGACACAAGCAUAAGUAUUAGCUGUAAAAUUAAUUUAGAAAACAUUUUCAAACACAACUUGAAACAGAUUUUAAGACCUAUUAUUUGAAAGAUUUUUCAAUCGGUUUGUUCUGUUAUGUAAGAAUUAGUGCUUACUUAUUAACAAAGAACAUUUGAAAAAAAUUAUGUGAUGCGUAAUUUAAUCGAUCGAAGUAAUUUAACGAUCGUAAUUAGUAAUAUCCGUUGAAGCUGAACUAACAGUUAAAAUCAGUAUCAACGGAUAUUGUCUUUUAGUACUCUGUUAUGAUUUUUAGUAAUUUAGAGAACAUGCAAUUAUGAUUUUUAACCAUUUUACAUCUAAAUCAAGUUUUCAUUGGUUUUUUGUCUGUAUGUUCUUUUUACAUUUACUGUCACAAUCGCUAGUUUUAUUUAAUGAGCAAGAACACAUUGCAGGUAUUUUGUUGCAUAAAAAAAUAAUUAAUUAGGAACAAAUACUGAAUCUUUAUUACUGCAUUAUAUAAUUUUUGCUGUACUUUCUACAUUACGUGUAAGCGAAUUUGGGAAUUGAGAAAUACUUAGUAAUGUAUUAAAUUGCAUCUGAUGUAUUGUCUUAAUUUGCGACAAACCGCAUCAAAAGCCACUAAAAUUUUAUUUGUUCACAAUGUUACAAAGAAAAUGUUGCUUUGUAUAUAUAGGGGUUUAAGUAAGCAUUAGCUUUUAACUAUCUUAGAUCAUCUGGUUCCCACUUUGUUAAUAAAAAUGAUUUUGAAUUACA